GAAGUCAUGUCGGCUCCUCUGGAAUACAGUACACCCAUCUGUCAGAUCUGACCAAAUUCAAACCUGGGCACUUUGGUCUGUUCCUGUGCACAGUCUUUCGGGACAAUUUCUCUUUCGUCUCCCACACAGCGAGGAAAGGAAGUGAGUUCACUGGGCCGGGAGCAGCGAGACCCGAGGAAAGUGAAUGCAAAGCUGGGAGGAGGAGGAGGAGGACGCUGCCGAUAACGCUGAUUGGACCACGGGACUAUCCGGAGACCGUACUUCCUCGUUAGCUGCCCUGAUUUGUCCUGCCCGGUCAGCUUUCCCAGGCGGCAGGAGCCGAGAGUUUCACUAUGCCACCAAAGCGGAAAUCAGGAUCCAGUCAUGCAGCCACUACCAAGGGCAAAAAGGUCAAAACGGAACCAGAGGAGGACUCUUUGAAGUCAACUGUUACUGCACUGAAGGCUGCCCCAAAGGAGAAACUGAAGGCCAAGAUUGAUGAACAGUGUCCGCUGAGCUUCGAACCAGAGGCUGCGGUUUACGAGGACUAUGACUGCAUGCUGAAUCAAACCAACAUUGGAAACAACAACAACAAGUUCUACAUCAUUCAGCUGAUUGAACAGGGCGACUCGUACUACUGUUGGAACCGCUGGGGCCGGGUGGGAGAAACUGGGCAAUACAAUCUGAGUUCUCCACUUGACCUGAACAAAGCUGUGAAGGAUUUUGAAAAAAAGUUCAAAGAUAAGACAAAGAAUGACUGGGCGAAGCGAGAUUCCUUCACUGCGCAUCCUGGAAAAUACACCAUGAUUGAAGUUCAGCAGGGCUAUGAGGAAGCAACAGUCAUGAAGAACGAUGUAGUGGAUGGAAAGGGUAAGAAAGUUCGACCAAGCACUUUAGAUAGAGACACCCAGAAUCUGAUCAAAUUGAUCUUCAGCCACGAUAUGUUCAAGGAGCAGAUGGAAACAAUGAAUCUCGAUUUGAAGAAGAUGCCUCUUGGGAAGCUGAGUAAACAGCAAAUUGCCAAGGGUUUUGAUGCAUUGGAUGAAUUGGAAGAGGCCUUGAAGAGCCCCAACAAUACAAAACAGCUGGAAGAGUUGUCUUCAAAAUUCUACACCAUUAUUCCUCAUUACUUUGGACGUAAUCGACCCCCUGUGAUUAAUACUACAGAGGUGCUCCAAGCCAAAAAAGACAUGCUGCUAGUGCUUGCAGAUAUUGAACUCGCACAGAGUCUCCAAGCAGAAAAGGAGCAGAAGCAGAAGGUAGAAGAUGCUGAGGUGCCAAAUCCCCUGGAUGAAGAUUACAAUCUGCUGAAAUGCCAGCUCACUCACCUGUCCCGCACUACUAAUGAUUUCAAGGUUGUUAAGAAAUAUGUGGAUGAAACUGGUCCCAAUCGCCUGAAGGUUGUCAACGUCUGGAGACUGGACAGAGAAGAAGAGGCUGAACGAUUCAAGGCUCACAACAACAUCGAGCACCGUCGCCUCCUGUGGCACGGGACCAACAUCGCCGUGGUCGCUGCCAUCCUGAAAACUGGGCUGAGGAUCAUGCCGCACUCAGGGGGGCGUGUCGGCAGAGGGAUCUACUUUGCAUCGGAAAAUAGCAAAUCAGCAGCAUACGUUGGUUUCACAUCCAGCAAGGAAGGGAUCAUGUUCCUGACUGAGGUAGCUCUGGGGAAUGUGCACUACAUUUUCAAUGAUGAUCCCCAACUGAGAAAACCUCCCACAGGCUUUGACAGCGUCGUUGCCCGUGGCCACACUGAACCAGAUCCUUCUCAGGACAAGGUGGAAAUUAUAGAUGAGAAGAGGGUGAUCGUGUCGCAGGGUAAACCCAAGAAGGUGAAGCUGGCCAAAAAUUCCAGCUUUGACCAGAGUGAGUACGUCAUCUACCAGGAAAGUCAGGCACGCCUUCGUUACCUGGUGCAGGUGGAGUACUGAGCAUUCUUUCCACCAGCCUCCCAGAAACAUUCAAGUUGAAGGAGCCAGAGUGAGCUUGCUUGUCCUUCAGAACAGCUUCUGAACAUUACACAUUUAACCACUGUUACUGUUCUGCUUCGCAGGUACCAAAGGGUGGAAUGAGAUCCCAUGUGCAGGUGGGACAUGUCACAUUGGUGCUGGGGCUGGGUUCUUUCUUGUCACCAAGUACAGGCCUGUUCAUCUGGGCUGGUUUAUACUUCAUUUGCCCGGACAGUCCCAUUUCAAACCAGAUAGGUUGAUAGCACCUUGGUGAUCCUAGUGUUGGGUUAAUGUUGGCACUGAUGGUCUAGGAGCUUCUAACCCAGCUUGUGCAAUGGGCAGCACUGACAUAUAUCUUCUUUGGCCCUUCCUCAUUGGGGCCCUGUAAACUAACAGUUUCUGCUCCUAGAACCUUACCAAGGACAUUCAGUGACCAGCAUCCACUGGACAGGCUGAGCAACUCAUUGAACUGACAGGGUUAGAAUCUAAACCUCCCCCACCCCCUCCCUGAGAAACUCAGUGAGCUGAACUGGGUUUAAGUCCCAAUGCCACACUCUCCCUACAUCCUCUCUCCAGGCUAACUGAGUACUUCACUCGAUUGCUAAUUUGAACAGCAUUAGCAUCCAGACCAGCUCCAAACCCCAGUGAGUUGUUUGGGAAUUUCCGAGGCACCCCACUUAGUUUGAAUUAGGGAUGAAUAGAUCCACUUUUCCCAGCUGAUUCUGGUGGUAGACACAAGAAAAGCUGGAAGCUGGGGCAAGAAUUCAAACUGCUGCCAGUUGAGGAAAAGGGCCUUGACCACAAGUGUGAACUGGUACAUUUCCCACCUCAGGUGUUGAGUUGCAGUUUGUUUUUUGUCUCCAGUCAUGGGUUCCUCAGGAGCCCUUCAUCAACGUGAACAUUUUAACUCCCACACAGCCAACGUAGGUACUUUCACAGCUGGUUUGUUCCCCAUCAGCACACCAGCCUCUUGUUGAAUGUCUGAGAAUUUAUUUCCAAUAUUUUACCUUCCUUUGUGCUUGGAGACCGCCAGCAGACUGACAUUAGGACAUUCCCUUUGUCCUUGGAGACUGACACUGGGGUGGGAGAUGUGAGGUGAGUUCUCCCAGGUUUCGGGCUACAGACAGACAUGGUUUGAUUCUGGUUUCAAUGUAUCUAAUCAAUAGUCUGUUUCCCUUCCUCGAUAUCCCACCUCUUUUCCAAGCAUCUCGCAUUUCUCUCCAUUACAGUGAGAGUGAGUAGCAUGAAACUGACUGGCAAAAAUGGAAGUUGAGUAAUGUGUGUUGCUAGCUGGCCUUUGAACCGGGGUUGGUUAGGGUGGAGGACGCUAACUUGAUGGUUCUGUUGGGGGUACAAGCGAUUAUAAGCCCUAUGUUGGCCAUGGUGUCAGGACCCUGUACUCUGCACAAGACAGCUCUCUGAUCUUGGACAGUCCUCCCUAGUUGUCAGGAAUAUGGGGCAGGAAGGCUGUCUUUGGCAACCUUAGAUGGUUGACCCCAUGUUGGUGGGCCUGGCUGUGGAGUACUCUGUGCCUGUACUUCAACCUAUUGCCAGAUGCAAUAUUUCCUCUGUUGGUGUGUUGCACUCUUAUAGAUGGUACCUGUAAUUAGUUUCUCUCUUAAUGUUGACCGCAUGCUUCCGAUGAUGUAUCUGCACUAUUAAAGCUUUCUCUUGUUCAAGCUGGUGAAUCAUCUAGCAGUGAGUGUCU